CUGUAACAAUCUUCCGAUUGCGCAUGUGCUCUUAGCUCCUUACGGAAUUAAAUCGACAGAAAACAGACACAUGUUAACUUUUAUUAGAACUUUAUCAUUAGUCGGUGCCCUGUUUGGACAUAGUAGUCCCUUCCUUUACUUAUUUGAUUACAUAUUCAAAUUUUUGUUCUCUGAGCACAAAAGCUUUGUUUUCUUGCGCAAAGAGAAAACACGGUAUUAGUUCCAUACUUUAUCUAUCAAAUAUGGAACUUAUUAAUUCGAGUACUGUGCGCUUAUCUGAAGAGGAACACAGAAGUGCAUUCAAAAUAGUGCAACCCCGGAAAUCAGAAGACCCUUGCUCCCCGACCCCGCCUGAAGAUGCGCGUGCAUUGUCACCUUUCAAUGCUGACCCAAACUUUCAAAGGUCAAGAAGCAAGGAAUCUGAGAAUAUGGCGGAAAAGGAACAUUCGUCCAGAUUCAGUGCUUUUCGCCCGUGGUUGUGCGAGCCCGCGGGCCAAGCCACAGAUCUCACCGUAAAGAACAAACAAACUUCAUCCAUACCUGACAGUCCAAGAAAAACAUCAAUCAUUCCAGCAUUUUCAUUUGGUGGUUUGAAGACUCCAAAUAUCAACGACAUUUACCGAUAUCAAAUGGCCCAGGCUAUGUACCGGACACCUUAUAACAUAUUCCCUUAUGCACAACCAACAUUAUGGUCAGAUCCGAGAUUUUACCGAUUUUUAGGCCAAGGAAAAGACAUUCAAACAUCGCUAUUCAAGAACUUUUUAAACGCAACAGAAGAAGGCGAAGUCUCUGGAUUCGAAAAGGGUUCAUUUGAGUGCGUGAAAUGCAUGAAGCAAUUCAGUACCCCCCAUGGUUUAGAGGUCCACGUGCGGCGGUCUCAUAGUGGCAGACGACCGUACGCUUGUGACGUCUGCAGUAAGACUUUUGGACAUUCCGUCAGCUUGACGCAACAUAGAGCGGUUCAUACUCAGGAGAGAAGUUUUGUUUGUCAGCAGUGCGGCAAGAGCUUCAAAAGAUCGUCAACACUGUCAACACAUCUCCUGAUACACAGCGACACACGCCCCUACCCGUGCCCAUACUGCGGCAAACGAUUCCACCAGAAGUCGGACAUGAAGAAACACACUUACAUCCACACCGGAGAGAAGCCUUACAAAUGUAACCACUGCGGCAAAGCCUUCAGCCAGUCCUCCAACCUCAUCACGCACUGCAGGAAACACACUGGCUUCAAACCUUUCUCCUGUGCAGCGUGUGGCAGGAGUUUUCAAAGAAAGGUAGACCUUCGCCGGCACCAUGAAACCCAACACGUAGAGGAAAUGACGACAUCAUCUAGCGAUUUAGUGACGUCAUCAACAAUCGAGGUUUCAAACAGACAAGAAGAUGGUACAAUUUAGCAUCACAUGGUUCCAUGUGUGUAGAGUUUUUUAUGUACUGUUAUGCUCAAGAUUAUUUAUUUAUAUGUUGUGAAUGUAAAAAUUUUUUUUACUUUGGUGUUAGGUAUUGUUAAUAUUCUUAAUGUUUGUUUCCUCGUGCAUUUCAAUGGUAUAUUUUUAAUGAUUGUUUAUCUAAAUAUUUUUGCAGUAGGGGGUUUUCUACAUCAAUUCAUACUUAGUCUUUCAAUGCUUUUAAAGUUGCAAGUAUCAGCACAUAAAUCAAGAUAUAUACAUGUAUGUGAGUUUAUAGAUAUUUAAAUAAAAUUACACAGUGCUAAAAUAAAUUGAUUUUAUUGAAGAAAUAAACAGCAUGUUAAAAAGUUCACCGGGAUAUGAACUUGGUCACGUGAUCUAUAAUCCUGUGAAACCCGAAUGGCUUCUUAGAAGAUUUGAUCAAGUUCAAAUCCCGAUGAUCAUAUUUAUAUUGCUGUUUAUUACUUAUAUUUACAUACACACAGAAUUGAAUGUUUUUGAAAUUCAAAAGGUUCGUAUAAGGAAGCAUGUUUGCAAUUUCUUAUAUUCUUAGAAGUUAGAAUUCAUUUUAUAUCAAGUUCUCAAAUAGUUCCCCUUAUUCAUAAGAUAAUAUUGGAACUCUGUAAUUGUAAUACUUUUAUUAGUAUUAUUGUACAAUGAAAAUAGCAAUCUGCGAUAAAGAAAUAAAAUGCGUAAUAUGACGAAUGCUAAAGUCUGGAAAUC